AUGAUUUUUGCUCAGCCAAAUGAUAGUACGGUGUUCUUCUUAAACAUUGUCGCAUGGGUGUUGUGCUACUAUGUGUGUCAGGUGCACAAACGUGGGGCUAUAAGCCGUUCCAUUGACAUUGGUAGCUUCUCUGGAUACGGAGAACUGAAUCAAGCUUUGGCCCACAUGUUUGGCAUGGAAGGGCAACCCGAAGAUCGACAGAGUAUAGGUCGUUGGAAGUUUAUCUACCAGGAUUAUGAGGGUGACUUCCUAUUUGUCGGUGAUGACCCAUGGGAGGAGUUUGUGAUCAUCGUCAAGUCCAUUUGGAUCCUGUCACCUCAAGAGGUUCUUCAACCGAUGUUUCCGGGUGGUGAUUUAACAUAA